CCAUUCGGAACCCCACCCCACCAACAGAGACCUCGCCACGCGCUCCCCCCGACUACACCACCAAACUCGUAAUCGUGACAACCCGCCCUGUGAAGAUUCAUACCAUCAUGACAUCCCCCACCCACCCCACGCACCUCGACCCCUCCGACCUCGGCACAAAAUCCUACUGGGACAACGCCUACGCCCGCGAACACACCAACUUCACAUCCAACGCCUCCGACGAAGGCACAAUAUGGUUCUCCGACGCCGGCGCCGAGGAAGGCAUGCUCGCCUUCCUCAAGGACCUCUCCGACGAAGGGAAACUCGUGAAAGAAGAAGCUGCAGAAGCCGGCUCGACUCGGGCCGAACCAGCAGCAGCAGCAGCUACACGGUUCCUGGAUCUGGGCACGGGGAACGGGCAUUUGCUUUUUGCGCUAAGGGAGGAUGGGUGGGAAGGGGAGAUGGUCGGGGUGGAUUAUUCGGGCGAGAGCGUGAGGUUGGCGGGGGAUAUACGGGCUAGCAAGGGCGAGGGAUAUGCAGAUAUCGAGUUCGCGGAGUGGGAUGUUUUGGGUCAGGAACCGGGGGAGUGGCUUCGGGAUGGGUUCGAUGUUGUGCUGGAUAAGGGGACGUUCGAUGCGAUUUGCCUGUCUCAAGAGACUGAUGCGCAGGGCAGGAGGAUAUGCGAGGGGUAUAGGGAGAGGGUGGAGCCGUUGAUGAAGCCCGGAGGGAGGUUUCUGAUCACGAGUUGUAAUUGGACGGCGGAAGAGUUGAGAAUGUGGUUUGAGGGGCCGGGGAGUGGGUUGGUGUAUGAGGGGGCGGUGAAGUAUCCGAGCUUCACAUUUGGGGGCAAGACGGGGUCCAGUGUUGUGACAUUGUGCUUUAGGAAGGGGAAAUGACGAAAUGGUGUAUGAGUUUGGGAUAUAUACGCUCCAACGCUCGAAGUACGUCAAGUCGACUACUGCUUCUUCGCACGGCGCAGUCUGGCAAGCACCAGCCACUUCUUCCGCUCGCCGAUAUCCUCCCUCCCGCCAUCCCGCACCGGUCUCCACUCCCGCCGCUGACCCGUAGCAUCCAUCUCGAAUAUCUCCUCGACUUCCAAUCCCGCUUCCGGCACCGCUUCCUCGAAGAACCCCGCAAUCUUCGCACGGCCAGUGUGAAAACCACCUAUACAUAGUACUCGCGCCUCGGGCGACUCGGAGAGGAAGUGCGUCAUGGAGCGGGCGAGGUUAUCGUGCUCGUGCGGCAUCCAGUAGCAGUCGGCAGCGAGGAUCCGGGUGAA